CUUCGACCUUUAUAUAAACAAACCCCCUAUGGGGAAGAAAUUGAGGAUUUUUUUUUUUUUUUUCAGCAUAAUCCUUAAAACCCAGCAAGACCCAGAUCCCAAAACCAUUGGAAUUUAGGUGGGCAAGUCUCUAAUUUUCAAAUGGUUUAUACACACAGCGAUUCCGAGUCGGCUCUCCUUCUGUCGACCAGCACAACAACAACAACAACAACAACUCCGAUCAAACCCAUUAAUGUUCCAAAGGACAAGUUCCAUUUGACCUACAUUAUCUACUUUGUAUUGGGUCUCGGUUAUCUCCUCCCAUGGAACGCCUUUGUCACGGCCGUCGAUUACUUCGCUUAUCUAUACCCGGAAGCAAGCGUGGACCGUAUUUUCGCCGUCGUUUACAUGGUGGUCGGUUUCGUUUCCAUCCUCCUUAUAGUUCUCUAUGCCCACAAGUCCGAUAGUGUUGUGCGGAUCAACUCGGGUCUGGCCCUGUUCGUGGUUUCUCUGCUGAUUGUGCCCCUUAUGGAUGUUUUCUACAUCAAGGGUCGGGUUGGGUUGUAUGAUGGGUUCUAUGUGACGGUUUUUGCGGUUGCUCUUUCGGGUAUUGCCGAUGGAUUGGUUCAAGGUGGGGUUAUUGGGUCCGCCGGUGAGUUGCCGGAAAGAUAUAUGCAAGCUGUUGUGGCUGGGACUGCAGCUUCGGGAGUCCUCGUUUCUGUUCUUAGGAUUAUAACCAAAGCUGUAUACCCACAAGAUGCUCAUGGCUUGAGACAAAGUGCAAAUCUUUAUUUCUCUGUUGGGAUUGUGGUUAUGGUUAUUUGCGUUGCUCUAUACAAUGUGGCCCCGAGGCUUCCGGUUAUAAAGUAUUAUAGAGAAUUGAAGAUUCGGGCUGUAGACGAGGAGAAACAAGAGAAAGGUCCACUAACUGGAUCGGUAUGGAGAUCAACUCUGUGGGAGAUCGUUGGUAGAAUCCAGUGGUAUGGAGUUGGCAUAAUUCUUACAUAUGUUGUGACUUUGUCGAUAUUUCCAGGAUAUAUAACAGAGGAUGUGCACUCUGAGAUAUUCAAAGAUUGGUACCCAGUUCUCCUUAUUACUGCCUACAAUGUGUUUGAUCUGGUUGGAAAGUGUUUGACUCCACUUUAUCUCCUUGAAAAUGCAAAGGUUGCAAUUGGUAGCACUGUGGUGAGAUUGGUUUUCUUUCCUCUUUUCUUGGCGUGCUUGUAUGGUCCUAAAUUUAUGAGAACAGAAAUUCCAGUGACAAUAUUGACUUCCCUUUUGGGUCUUACCAAUGGCUACUUGACAAGUGUGCUGAUGAUUUUGGCUCCCAAAGUUGUCCAUUUACAACACGCAGAGACUGCAGGGAUAGUAAUGGUACUCUUCUUGGUUAUUGGUUUAGCUGCUGGUUCAGUUGUAUCUUGGUUUUGGGUCCUUUGAUAUCUAAGCAAUGUACCAUAUCUAUGGCUAGAUUCGCUGUGUGGAUAGUUAAAGCUGUUUAAACUUUAUAGUUGUUCAUAAUACUGUAUCAUCUGCAGUUAUGGUAUUUCGGACCAUGUUAUCUGGUGGGUAACACUACUUAUACUUAAUUUGAGUAAUAAGUUGGAAAAUGUCAAUUUGUCAGUACUUUUAUUUGAAUGUUGUAACAACUUCCCCUUUAUGAAGUAAAGAAAGUAAUGGUAAAGAUUUGUUCCAUCCCAGGUUUGAUCCUUAAA